GUCUGCUAAAUCAAUACGGAGCUAAUCCUUGGAAUAUCCCUAGCUAAAUUUUCCAUUCUCAAUGCUGUCUCAGUGGCCUAGUGGUAGAGUGUCUGCCCUGAGCCUGAGAGAUCAGGGUUCAAAUCCUGGUUGGGUCAUGGACUAGAAAUGGUGUGUGACUCAGUGACUCUCUGCUUGACACUCAGCUUUAAAGGUGCAGUAUGUAACAAUAUAGUAAGAGUUUAACAGAAAAUCCCAAAAGAGUCUCUUGUUCCAACCAUUUGGAAAGGAAGGGUAUACUGAAACACGUUUCAUAUCCAGCUGGCUGCAGGGGUUGUCCGUUUUUCUUCCAGAACAAAGGAAGGAGGGACGUAACUGUUUACCCUCAGUGAGUGCGGGGGUGCCGUGUCUCCUGAAAGUUGAUGCUGCAGCGCCGACAAUUGUCAUUUGAUGACGGCCAGCAAGAAGCUCUGGAGUUGUUUAAGGUGGUUGCAGUAACCAGGUUUUACCACAGGACUUAAUUUCUACAUAAUGCACCUUUAAGGGGUUGGAUUGGGGGUUAAACCAAAUGGUUCCCAGGCACAGCUGCUGCAGCUCGCCACAGGGAGGGGUCAAAUGAGAGGAAAUUCCACCAGGUGUGGCGAUGACUGACGGGACUUUAACUAAUUUCUCUGAGUUGAUCGAGGACUCCCUCUGAGAACCUAUCAGGUGUUUGCAUCUUUUAACAAUUUAAAUUGCUGUUUGGAGGAAACCGCUGGUUGCAGAGUAACAUCUGUACUAUGUGUUUCUUUGCAGAUUUAAAUAUUUUUAAAUACUCAUACAGGCCACUUCAAAUUAGGGCUCCAUCCCUCUUCUUCCUCCCCCUCCACGGCAGGAGCCGGCAUGUUUCUGAUCUGAGAGGCCAAGGUGCCACAGGUCAUGCGAUCACAAGACGAAGUCAUAAAAAGUCCAUUAAGCACUGUAGGCAAAGAGCUGUGCUGUCAUCUGUGAUAGGUACCGCAAACAGAGCUGCACUUUGGUCUCAGGCCUCCAGCAGACUGCGACACACACACUACACACACACACACCAUCCUCUAUAUCGCCUACAUGUCGACUCGAAGCCGCUUCGCUUUUUAAUCAGCUUUACGCCCAGCAGCCAUUGUGGGUUUUUAUUUGCAAACAUAAGUUGUUUUAAUGCCUUGUUGACUUUUGCAUCAACACGGUUUGUUCUCCCAGACGAGAGUCACGUUCUGGAAUUAGAUGGUAAAUUGCGUUAAAAUCUUAUUUUUACUUCUUAGGGCUUUGUCUGCAGAAAUAAGACAGACAACAACAGUGUGGUCCUCUGUGGCCGAGGUGUUGGUUCGUUUUUCUGCUGUUGGAACAAACUCACCCACACGUUUAUUCUGUGUGCUGGUUAAAUGAAGGAAAAUGAAGAUGCAGUUUAAUACGUGAAAAAACGUCCCAAACCCUAGGAAAACAGCGUAUUGAGAGAAUAAUGCAUCUAUUAUUAAUUAAGAACUAGAUGUUUAGCUAUUGCCUUUAUUUUAAAUGGGGAUGCUUUUCUUUUUGUGUUUAAAUGUUGAUUUAAGCUCAUCAACUGAGUAAAUUAAUAACUUUAUUUGUUUUACAGCAACAUGUGCAUUCAUGAAUAUUUACAAUGUAAAUGCACCCAGUUACAGCCAAAGGGCUCGUUCUCUUCCCUGAAGGCACGUGGCAAAUAUUCGUUAUAGCCCAACUCACCAUGUAGAAAGGGAGAGUCAGUAUCAUUCAUGGUUCUCUGGUUCUAAAAGUUCAAUAUCCAUAAAAUAAUUAAUCUCCAACAUGGCUACAGUUUUGAUUUCAUCAUAUAUCGGAUUAUUUUCAGGGUGUUUCGGUGGUUUUUGCAGUUUGUGGUAAAAUCAGGAAACUGUGCGUUGGUUUAAUUUCUGAGGUGAUUCCUGAACAACUGAACAUGGAAUGAUAUUUCUAAAUAAGUAAUAAAAAUAAACGAUUGUUUUUAAUGUGAUUGUUUAUGUAAAUAUGAAAUAAAAGUAUUUUAACGUUCAGUAUUUGUGCCUGUAAUGUAAUGUAAUAUAAUAUAAUAUAGUAUAAUAGUAUUGAUUGAUUAAAUGUGAUGUAAAGUGAAUAUUUUUAUAACCACGUUUAUGGUUCUUAUUUUUUAUCACGAGCUGCAUGAAGUUAGAGAAAAGUGCGUCUUUAUUCCAUCUUCUGUUUAAAUAUAGAUUGUUUUAGAGCUAGAAAUGAAAAUCCGAUUUGAGGUCGUUAAUUGCGUUUGAUUAGAAUAAAAAAAGCGAAGCCAGACAAAACACUUUAUGCCUUUUAUUUCUUCUCCUCAAAGCCAGGCUUCCGAACGUUAUUGCCUACAACUUGGGCCAUAAAGAUUUACAGCCUCAAAAGGUGGGAAAACUCUAUUGAAAUAUAAAAGGUGCUCAACUUUAUUUGGGGAGCUGUAUACAUUCGUCGGGCUCAGCGGUGUGGAGUUUAAAUAAAGUCACGUGGCACAAAAUCUGAGUUUGAAACUCUUUUCUUUGUUCUUGUCUCCUGAAGAUGACUUUCGUUGGUUUGAAAAACAGCCGGCCGCGUUUUAUGGUGAUAAUCUGUUUUCAGGCUCAGUUUAGCGUCGAUCUGAUGAGUCGUUUUUAAAUCUGACGCGUGAAGGAGGACGGGACCAUUUUACACAUUUUAUUCGUUCCGUCGUUUAGGACUCUUUUCUUUUGCUCGGACAACGACUUUCAACUUGACCUUAGCCCGCAGCCGCGUGUCCGACGCGCAGGAUGAAGAGCGCACACGAUAAUGGCGCUAUCUGGACAAUGAUCUCGUGUCUGCGCCUGCCUCAGGGCUGAUGUCAUUGAGGGCCGGAAGAUUUUAUUGUUUUGUUUCUGCACAAAACCUGGAUAAUUAUUUGUUUCUGCGUAAAAUACAUGUGCGUAAAAACGACAUUCAAUGAUAGACACGUUACUGAUUUAAUGUGAUGCAAGUUUCACUUUUGACUAAAAGAUUUAAAAGACCCGAUAUCUUCCCUAAAAUAAACAUAUAAAGGUUAUAUCGUGAUUUUAUGAAACACUUGUUGCUUUUCUUUUAGUCGAAGGUUUCCCAAAAUCCAAAUAUUUGCGCGAAAGUUCAAGAGAAAAUAACUUGCUCGGUGAUUUGAUAAAAUGAGCAAAAUGGAAAAAAUAAAAUAAAUAUGUUACAUCAGAAUCGUCUUCUCCCAUUUCAGAUUAGAUAGCGGAGACGAAUAUCUUCAUCCAAGUCUAGGUCUCGCUGUCUUCUUUGCAUAUCACGUGUUUGGCCCCGGCCAAUAACCUCACGAUCUCGAAGUACUCGGUGGUGUUGGUACCGUUACUCUGCCCGAGUCCCAGUCUGGGCUCAGUCGAGGGGAUUUAAAAAAAAGAGCUGGUCCUCUCGAUGUGGGACAUGCUAUGACCGCCUCGCUACUGCUCCACUCGCACUGGAUCGACCCAGUGAUGUUUCUCUACGACAGCGCUUUGGAGGACAGGAACAAAAACAUGGAGGGGUUCUCUGGGGGCAACGUUGCAGCGAACCAGUGCAGGAAUCUGUUAGCGCAUCCGACCUCUCUGGCUCCCAGCACCACCUACGCAGCAAGUGAUGUGCCAGUCUCCGGCGUGGGGGAGCCUGGGAAGCAGUGCAGCCCCUGUUCGGCCACCCAGAGCUCCCCCAACGCAUCGUUGCCUUAUGGAUACUUUGGCAGCAGUUAUUACCCAUGUCGGAUGUCCCACGGUGGCGUUAAAGCCUGCCCACAGACCUCCGGCUACGGUGAGAAAUAUGUGGACGCGUCGGUCUCCGGUGAGGAGUUCUCAACCCGAGCUAAGGAGUUCGCGUUUUACCAGAGUUAUUCUUCGAGUCCCUACCAAGCCAGUUACCUGGACGUGCCUGUGGUACCUGCGCUGAGUGCUCCAUCCGAACCGAGGCACGAGCCUCUGCUGCCCAUGGAGCCCUACCAGCCCUGGGCCAUCACCAACGGCUGGAGUGGACAGGUUUACUGCGCCAAGGAGCAGCCGCAGUCCAAUCCUCUGUGGAAAUCUUCACUACAAGACUCCAUAACUGGGGGAGACUCCUCGGGCCGCCGUGGGAGGAAGAAGCGCGUGCCUUACACCAAGGUGCAGCUCAAAGAACUGGAGCGAGAGUAUGCCGCCAAUAAAUUCAUCACCAAGGACAAAAGGAGACGGAUAUCAGCGCAGACAAAUCUGACUGAGAGACAAGUGACAAUCUGGUUUCAGAACAGGCGCGUGAAGGAAAAAAAGAUUGUCAAUAAAUUCAAGAGUUCCAGUUAGCUCCAGAUAUCCCAAAAUAUGACAAAUAAAAUAUAAUUUAUUCUGUUUUUAACGGGUUUGGCUGUCGCCAGUGCGGCUGUGUUCUGAACAUUCCCCUUUCCUCACGUUUUAAUUGGAACCAGUCCACAUGGCCUGCUGACAGAAGAUCGGAAGUGGUUUGGAUUUUAUUCUGCGUGGGAAGUUUUCACCAAGACUCAGUCCCCAAAGAGGCCACGAUCUGUCCACUAAUGCGCAUUUUCUGUUCGAUAUAGAAAUAACAUUUUAUUUAAUUAAUUAUUCAAGAACACGUAUAUAUUGUUGUUGUAAUGCUGCAGCAAACAUUCCCGUUUCCAAUAAUGAAAUAAUAAGAAGUAAUUUUAAUCAGAUCGUGUUUAACGAGGAACCUGUUUUCCUAAUUCUGAAAUCUUUAAAACCAGUUUACAUCGAUUAUUUAUCCCGUUUAUUUGUUGUGUAAUAAAACAUUAUCAAACUUUCUCCUCAUCGCUGUCUUUCUGUGCGAAAGGGUCAUGUUUUAUUUGUUUACAGAAAAUCGUGUUUUCCUGCUUGAGGAUAAUAUAUAUAAAAUAUUUUAGACACAUUUAAAGUAAAUAUUGAGUUUAACAAACCACAUCCGCUGUUUUCUCACUGCAACCCCACUCUUUCUAACAAUAAAACUUUGGGAGACGCCGAGUCCUUUUGUUACUAAGAUUUACUUAUAAUUGU